GCUGAUCGGCGGACCGUAAAUGUAAACAAACGCGUCGCCAGUUUGUUUUUGGAGCUUUCGACUUUUGGAAUAUGUGUUUUAAAACGCAUAUUAAGUUGGUGUUAGUGUGACGUAUUUUUUCACAGUCUGUGAUUUUUUUUUCAUGACUUUUAUGACGUUUUGAGGGGAAUUUUGUUGCUGUUUACCCCGUUUAGCAUCGAUGGAGAAGAAGCUAGCAGAGUUCAGAGCCAGACGGCGAGCAGAACAGAGUAAAAUGAGUGAAGCUGAAGUCCAGAGCAGACAACAGACUGCUGAUGUUCACGAUGAACCACCACAGAAGACAGACGACAACCCCACCGCCCCUCACAGCCAACAAGACACAGUAGUGGAGCACCACACAGACUGGCUGCUUGAAAGCCGUCUGGGAAGAUGGUUGGCCUCCAGACACCUUGUGCUGUCAAACGUUACGUUGCUCAAAGUGCUGCUGUGGCUGGUCCUGUUGGGUCUUUUCGCUGAACUGGAGUUUGGUCUGCCCUUCUUUGUCAUCUCGCUGUUCUACUGGAUCUAUGAAGGACUUCGCAGCCCAGCUCAGCGGCAGCCUGGAGAACUCAGCGCUUAUUCUGUGUUUAACCCAGACUGUCAGCCUCUCCUGGGCUCCCUCACUGCAGAACAGCUGGAAGGGGAGAUGGGUUAUCGACCUCUGGCUAACAGAUAGUAUCUAUCAAUUUAACAUUGAUGUCUAAAGCUCAAAUACUUCAGUUUUGUCACAUAUUUCUAAAGGUGGUGGAAAAGAUUCACGUUGUAUGUCUAAAAGAAACAAAUGACUAUCAAAUGAGAUUCAGAUUUUCUGUUCUGAUUAUUGAAGUCAUACUGGUUUUGAAGAUAAACUUGCUCCAAUCAUCUGAAAGCAGAACAGAUUGUUAACAUUUCUGAUAAUCAAAAAUGCAAUGGUGACUGGUUUUACAAACACUAUUUUUUCUUGUCAAUGCUGUAAAUUGGAGUAAGAAACAUGCAAUUUUUAAUUGUAUGCUCCUUCUUAUUGGUUUAUUUAUUAAUCACUUACAGCUACCAAUAUGCUUUAUGUCAAUAAAAACCUCAUUCAGAUUAAAAUCAUAUAUUUGUGGGACAUGA